AUGUCAAGAUUAUGCUCAACGGAAAAUCUAAAUUCAAAGUACAUAAAGGAAGAAAUAAUUGGCUCAGGUACUUAUGGAACCGUAUUUCGGGCCCAAGAUAAAAUUACAGGCAAACAAUAUGCAAUAAAACGAAUUUUAAUUGAUAAUUUUGAUAAUGGUAUUCCAGCCUCCACAAUGCGUGAAAUAGGCGUUCUUAUUGAGUUAAAUCAGUUCAAUCACCCAAAUAUUGUCGAAAUACAUGGGAUUAUUCAUCAAGAUCGAAAUAUUUCAAUCGUAUUCGAGUUUAUCGACUGGGAUUUAAAAAAGUACAUGGAUUCUCUUAAAAAAUCCGGUUAUAAACCUCGGGGAAAUUCUAUUGGUGGUCUUCCACUUCCUUUGGUUAAGGUAAAGCUAAAUGUUCUUAAUUUUUUGAAGGCUUUCACUAGACAAUUACUUGAUGCUCUCCGUCUCUGCCACAAAUACAAAAUAAUUCACCGAGAUAUUAAGCCAUCGAAUCUUUUACUUACCAAGCAUGGUGUCCUCAAAUUAGCAGACUUUGGUCUGUCGCGAACUCAUUCGAUUAAUAACCGAACCUACUGCCAUGAAAUCGUAACCCUUUGGUAUCGAGCGCCAGAAAUAAUUCUCGGAUCAAAUGCUUAUUCAACUGCCAUUGAUAUUUGGAGUACAGGUUGCAUCGCUUAUGAAAUGUAUACCGGAAAUGUAUUAUUUCAAGGUGACAGUGAAAUCGAUCAGUUAUUUAAGAUCUUCCAAAGGUUAGGAACUCCUAGAAUUGAUGAAUGGCCUGAUAUAGAAAGAAUGCCAGAUUAUAAUGAAGAUUUCCCCCAGUUUACUCCAAAGCCAUUUGGACGAGAACUGUCAAGAGAAUUUCAGUCUUUCCUCAAGGUAACAUCAAUUUACACGUAA